AUGGUAGUAGUUGUAACUACGAACUUUUUGAGGUCUAACUUGAGUUCGGCUGAAAACGUAACAUGUGUUGCAGUAUCUUUCCGGAGCGGUAGCGUGAUCGGCGAGCUAGAGAUUACUACCCUGGCGACAUCACAGGCAUCGGCUGAUAGUCUUAGCGAUUCGGUUGCAAGUCUGGAUCUUCAAAACGCAAACCUGGGAUCGCUUUUUGUCGUAUCUCUCAGUACUGAUAAUAUGGAUGACUGUCAGAACGAUUCUUGCAGAAAUGGAGGAACCUGUACGGACGGAUUCAACUCUUUCUCCUGCGCAUGCGCAACAGAUUACAGCGGGGAUGACUGCUCAAGAUAUAUAACACACACCGGAAGUGAAGGACUUGCGACGGGUGCUAUCAUCGGCAUCGUUCUUGGGUCUGUGGCUGGAGUCCUAAAGAUAGUGGUUAUCAUUGUCAGUGUAGUCAUGGCGAAGAAGAAGAAGAGUGGCCAGGAACAUAAGGCUUUGGUGACUGGAAGUAGAAAUCGGGUGAGCCCAAUGUCGAGACAAUCUGAGGAAUGGCAAACUGAAGAUCAAGCAAUGCUGGCCAUGGAAGACAGACGAUACCAAGGAAAAGGGGAAUCCUCGGAAACUGUGGGAGUGAAUAACUCCGCAGUUUAAGUCGUUGAAGAAACAAAGCAGUAGAG